GAGGGGGAACUCCCUAAAUGUCUAAUUGAGAUUUGUUUGUGUUUUGAAAAUUCUGAAGACUUUCAGCCUGUUCUAAAACACUCUAUAAAUAUGGCGGCAGGUGUAUUACCCUUCGUACGAGGGGUUGACUUUACGAAGUACAACUUCAAGGGAGGAUAGUAUCCAGACAAAACUCGCAACAUGAGCGGCCUCCGGUGGUUGAGUUUGAAUCGCACGGAGAUGUGUUAUCUUCCUGAGGAACUCGCAAGUUUGAAAAAGCUCGAAGAAAUCCGAGUUUCGAGAAACGAGUUAAAUUCUUUGCAUGGAGACCUGGGAGGUCUUCCUCAACUUAAAUCAAUCAAUGCAAGUCAUAACCAUCUUAAAGAUGCUUCAAUACCAACGGAUAUUUUCAAACUUGAAGAUCUUUCUGUUCUGGAUUUAAGUCACAAUCAACUCACUGCAGUUCCUCAAGAUUUAGAAAAUUGUAAAACACUUCUUGUUUUAAACAUGAGCCAUAACCAAAUCGAGUCCAUCCCACCACAAUUAUUCAUCAACCUAACUGAUCUUCUUCAUCUUGAUUGGAGCAACAACAAUCUUGAAACACUUCCUCCUCAGUUAAGGAGGUUGGUUCAUCUGAAGAUUCUCGUCCUUAACGACAAUCCAUUGCUUCAUGUUCAACUCAGGCAGUUACCAUCCAUGGUUGCCUUGACAACCCUCCAUCUCCGUAACACGCAACGGAACAUCUCAAACUUUCCAUCAAACCUUGAUAUGUUAAAGUCCCUCACCGAUAUUGAUUUAUCGUGCAACGAGUUGUCACGGUUACCCGAGUCACUUUACAUGCUCUCCACGCUUGAACGACUCAACCUAUCAAACAAUGAGAUCCAGGAACUCUCUCUUCUCAUUGGUGAUACUUGGACGAAGAUGCAAACAUUGAAUCUUACAAACAAUCUUCUUACUUCUUUACCAACAUCUUUAUGCAAACUUCAAUCGUUGCGUUGUCUCUUCAUCAGCGACAAUAAGUUAGAUUUUGAAGGAAUUCCUGCAAGUAUCGGGAAACUUGGGUGUCUGGAAGUUUUCUGUGCAGAUGGGAAUAACCUGGAACUUAUGCCUGAGAGUUUAUGCAGAUGCAACAAACUGCGCAAGUUGAUUUUAUCCGACAAUCGUCUCGUCACUCUCCCCGAUUCAAUUCAUCUUCUUCCUGAUCUCAAGAUCCUGGAUGUGCGAGGAAAUCCUAAUCUUGUCAUGCCUCCCAAACCUGUUCCUGUUAAAGAAGACGCAAACAAAGUUUACAACAUCGAUUUCUCGCUGAAUAAUCAACUUCGUAAGAUCGGUGUGGUGCCCCCUGGUGGUGCGGAGCAACAAACAGUGUCAACUAAGGAUCAUGCCGCGCGAAGGUUACGACUCCGUCGAAGACACGAAGCGGCCGACAGCAAGGCCCAGAAAGUUCUCCAAGGGAUGAGCGAUGUUGCUCAUGAUAAAAAUGUGUCAGGAGAUCUACAAGAUGAUGAAUCAAAUGCAGAGAUGAUAAAAGCUGGGAAGAAAUGGAAUGAAUCUCUUAAUAAACCCGACCUGGAUUACAGUGAGAUCUUCAGUGAAGAGAUUGGUCAGUUUCCCGGGUUAACAAUUUGGCAAAUUGAGAAUUUCUAUCCAGUUCAUAUUGAAGAUGUGACUUAUUAUGGAAAGUUUUAUGUUGGUGAUUGUUACAUCAUACUUCAUACCUUAAUGGAUGAAUCCGGGAAUCUCUCGUGGGUGAUUUAUUAUUGGAUUGGACAAGAUUCUUCGAUAGAUAAGAAGGCUUGCAGCGCGAUUCAUGCCGUCAACCUCCGGAAUAUGCUGGGAGCAGAUGGGAGGACGAUCCGUGAAGAAAUGGGAGAUGAGAGCGAUGAGUUUCUUGAGAUGUUUAACAAUGACAUUGCGUAUAUUGAGGGAGGGAAUGCAAGUGGUUUCUACUCAGUUGAACAAACUGUUUAUCCAACAAGGUUAUAUGCAUUAUGGGGCCAACGCACGGUCACCCCUUACCCCGUACCUCUUGAAACUUCUUCUUUAAAUCCAGAAGAAGUUUUGAUAUUAGACCAUGGGAUGAACAUAUUUGUGUGGGUGGGUGCAAAUGCUAAAGGUGUGAAAAGGUCUAAAGCCAGAUUAAUUGCCGAGAAGAUAAACAAAGAUGAGCGGAAGAACAAUGCUGAGAUUGUGAUGUCAUACCAGGGUUACGAAGAAGGGGAUUUUUGGGAAAUAUUUGGGGGAAUUCCUGAUGAGAUAGUUCCCUCAGAUCUUUCAGUGUUUAGAAGUUCAAAACCACGACUAUAUAAGGUUAACCUUGGCAUGGGUUACUUAGAGUUACCCCAAGUUCGCUACCAGCUUGCCAUGGAGCAUCAAACCAAACCUGACCCCGAGUUGACCCCUAGGCAGCGAUUGUUGAAAUCUUUGUUGAACACGAAGAAUGUUUAUAUCCUUGAUUGUCAUACAGAUGUCUUUGUAUGGACGGGACGUAAAUCUCCACGUUUGGUACGAGCUGCUGCCAUGAAACUUGCUCAUGAAAUAUCAACCAUGAUUCAUCGACCAUCGUUUGCUAUUGUUUCUAAACAAUUGGAAGGAACAGAAUCUGUGUUAUUCAAGUCACGCUUCAUUGGUUGGACCGACGUCAUCAAAGUAGAUUACACACGCGAAGAUGAAAAAGUUAUCGUACAACAAGAUGCAAGAGAAAAUAAAAUUGAUCUUUCAGCAAUCUUUCUACCACGACAACAAUCAAUGCCCGAUGCUGAGGCCCUCCAAUUAAUGGAGGAAUGGAACGAGGACUUAGAUGUUAUGCAAGGGUUUGUUCUCGAUGGAAAGAAGUUUGUUUCUCUUCCCCAGGAAGAAUUUGGAAAGUUUCAUUCAAAGGAUUGUUAUGUCUUCCUAUGCAGAUAUUGGGUUCCAUCUGAUGCUCCUGCUGAAGAAGAAGAAGAUGAGGACGAGGAUCAGGAAGAUGAUAUCCAGUGUGUUGUCUAUUUCUGGCAGGGUCAUGAGGCAACAAACAUGGGGUGGUUGACCUUCACAUUCACCCUGCAGAAGAAGUUUGAAGCUUUGUUUCCUGGAAAGUUGGAAGUUGUAAAGAUGAAACAACAACAAGAAAACUUGAAAUUUUUGUCGCAUUUUCACCAAAAAUUUAUCAUCACGAAUGGAAGUCGAAAAGAUGUUGCGAAUAUUAGGAGUGGGAAGCAAGAGGACCUCACCCAGUUUUACCAGAUACGUUCCAAUGGUGGUAUGCUCACAACAAGGUGUGUGGAGAUUGAACCAAACCCUAAACUUCUCAACUCUGAGUUUUGCUUCAUAUUAAAAGUUCCAUUCAACAAUGCUGAUAGCUCAGGUAUUGUAUAUGGUUGGAUUGGAAGGAUAGCAAACAUUAACGAAGCAAGAUUAAUGGAGGAUAUGAUUUCCACUUUGUUUGGUGAUGAAUACAGUGUACAGAUUCUCAAUGAAGGGGAAGAACCUGAGAACUUCUUCUGGGUUGGACUUGGUGGGAAAUGCGAGACAUAUGAGGAGGAUGCGGAUUAUCUUCAUCAUGUUCGUUUGUUCCGAUGCUCAAACGAGAAAGGAUUUUUUUCAGUUUCAGAGAAAUGCACCGACUUUUGUCAAGACGACCUCGCAGAUGAUGACAUCAUGAUGUUGGAUAAUGGACAAGUGGUAUUCAUGUGGGUGGGACACCAAACAAGUCAAGUUGAAGUUAAACUUGGUUUGAAAACUGUUUCGGUGUACAUUCAACAUUUAAAAAGCAAAGGAAUUAAACGUCGUCUUAAGCUUGUUCGCAAAGGCAAUGAAGCGUGGGAUUUUACCAAAUGUUUUCACGCAUGGGUGCCUUUUGAUAAACCUUGAACAUAGAGAUUUUAUUUUUGUUGUAUAUUAUUUUGGGAAAGCUCCCGAAAAGAGAAUUGUUUAAAAAGUGGUUCUUAAAUUUGCACCUUUCAAUGUUUUAUGGCAAGUUGGUAUCUGACUAUAUUAAACUAAAAUAGUUUAACAUAAAAUAUCUUCCAAAACUUUGUUUUUGCCAAAAUACCAAAUUGUUCACAAUCAGUCAGGCAAUAAAACAAACAAAUGUUUUUUAGCAGUUCCAAACAACUUAAUUUAAUUCUGAGAACCAUGCAUGAUAUAAUAAUUAUUUCAUCUUUAUUUUUGCUGCAAACUUCUUCUAGCAAUAAAACGAAUGUUAUAAAUUAUAUCCAAGGCAAGUACUUUAAUCCUGUGAGGAUGUUUUGAUUUUAGUAAAUAAAUAUGUUCAUGAUCAUAA